AUGGCACGACCAGCCCCUCCUCGCAAAGCGUCUUCAACGACCAAGGCCGACAAAGUAAAACUGCCUCUGGAGGCAGACCUCAUCAAGGCGAAUAUGACGAUGACGACUGUUGAAGCACUUGUUACCGCAACUGGAGCAUAUUUCGCGUGGGCAACCGUAGUUUCAGACAGUCUUUUCCAUCGUGUUUGGGGCCUCGCGCUAGGCCUCCUCGAAUUCAGUGUCCUGAUCCUUCCCCAGCUAUGGCCAUCGUGGUCUGCGUACUCUUUGAUACUGUUCAUAGUUGUCGAUUUUGUCUUCUGCGUCGCCCUCUCCCCUCUCCAGCCAUUGAUUUUCCCCGCCUCGCCACGGCACCCGACAUUUCCAUCUGUUGAGGAGAUCCAUCCUCCCAAGACCGAGAGUGUGAACUCGGAAUCUCCACCUAUUGUUGCAGAUGUUGUUGCUGUACAUGGCCUUGGUUCCAAUCCGACCACUACAUGGCAGCCUCGUCCAUCCUCGCCAGCAGGUCCCACCGUAUCAUGGCCUCGUGAUCUGCUCCCUAAAGAGAAUCUCAACAUUCGGGUCCUAGUAUGCAACCACAACACCCGGUGGGACACCGGUGCCAUCAACAAGUCUUUGCAGCACUAUGGCGACGACCUUCUUCGUGGACUGCGCCGGGUCCGUCAAAGGAAAGAAGAUUGGGAUCGUCCUCUCGUGUUCAUUGGUCACAGCUUUGGAGGACUGAUCAUCAAGCAGAUGUUGGUCAACGCUGCUGCCGAUACCACUGAUGAGUUCUGUCAAGCUGUACUGAAGAACACUAAAGGCUUUAUAUUUCUCGGCACCCCUCACAAAGGAGCUAAUUUGACGUUUUUCGGGCGAGUGAUGUCGCUCUUCGGAUAUUGGACGGGAGCCAGCACGAGCUUGUUGGAAGUGGUCCAGCCGAACUCGAAUCUCAACGAAUCGCUCCACCGUAGCUUCAUGCGAUAUCUAGGAGGACAUUGUGGGCCUCAGAAUACAGUGUGCGUGUUUGAAACGGUGGCAGAAGCGAUCUUUGGAAUUUCUGUGACACAGGUCGUAGACAGGAAUUCGGCGGUGAUCGACGGCUCGCGCGAGAUUGGGUUUGAGAAAGGCCAUCUUGACAUUCAGCGGUUCGCAUCUGCAGACGAUGAGAACUUUAGGGAUCUCGUGCAGUGGAUCAAAAAAUGGACCGAUAAUGCAGAACAACACGUUGGGAUGACAUCGACCGACGCAGAAAUGUUUCAACGACGAAAUAACAUUGACCGUGCUCACCGAAACACGUGUCAAUGGAUCCUUCAUGAUGACACAUAUACAUCCUGGCAGACUCAGUCCUCGGGUCUGUUAUGGAUCACGGGUAAACCUGGGGCAGGAAAGUCAACUUUGAUGUCGUUCAUCUACAAUGCGAUGAAGGACGAAUCCGGCAGUACCCCAAGCACUCGCCUUGAGUUUUUCUUCAGUGGCCGCGGCACUCCAUUACAGAAAUCAUCCUUGGGAAUGUAUCGAGCCCUCCUCAAUCAGCUUUACACCCAAUGUCCGACAAUUCGAGGCCCAAUUCGCAAAGUCUUUGAGGACAAGCAAGUUGCGUUUGGAUCUGGUGGCCACCAGUGGGAAUGGCAACGCCCAGAGCUGGAGGGUUUAUUUCUCAAAGCGGCGUUGGAAGCUGCGCAAUCGCGGAGGUUGGUGAUCUUUGUGGAUGCUCUGGACGAAGCUGGUGCGACUGCCGCCCAGCAGAUCGCCACGUCCUUCCACCGAUUGAACAACGACUCGCUCAGUACCACAAAGAGCAAGAUAAGAAUCUGUUUCUCAUGUCGCCCUUACCCUGUACCCCUCAAGACACUAGGUGCAGAGAUAAGGGUUGAUCAACUUAACGAAAAUGACAUCAUCUCCUUCAUACAAGACCACUUGAAGAUCGAAGAUCUCGCCGGAGCGCAACCUGACGAGCGGCCUACCUGGCAAGUCUGGUCGAGGAGCUCACGCAACGAGCUGCGGGAGUUUUUCAAUGGGUCAGUCUGGUUGUGCCGAUGGCGGCGAAAUACAUUCUCGACGGUGAUUGACCGUGACAAUCGACCACGAACGCUUCUGCUCCUGCGCUGGGUCUGUCUUGGCCGUCGACCACUGACGGUGACGGAGCUUCGCGUUGCGAUGGCUGCCACGAAGGCCAAGACCAGUCCGGCUCGUCUUCGCUAUCAAGACACGGAAGAUUUUGUUGACACGGACAGUCGUAUGGAGCUAUUGAUUGUGAGCCUCUCUGGAGGACUCGUUGAAUCGAUAAGCGAUGAAGAGGAAACAGACAAGACAGUCCAGGUGAUUCACCAAUCCGUUAACGACUUCUUGGUGCCGCAUGGACUUGCCUUCCUCUCUUCUCUGACUGGGGAGCUGGAGAAAGCGUAUUGUCACGAGUCGCUGAAGUCAGAGCCGUGGCACGAAGUGCACCGAAGCCACGGUGUACUUUUCCGGGGAUGUCUCAGCUACAUUGGCUUGGAAGAGGUGCGGUUCGAGGAAGACAGCUAUUGGGACGAAAAGGUUGAAUCACUAACGCCGUUUCUUAAAUAUGCCGUUACAGAGCUGUUUCACCACGCGGAGAAGUCGAAUGAACACUAUUUUUCCAGACCGGACUUUACGCCAGGACUGAACGAACUCCAGGAUACCUUGCCGAAAUGGGUGCGGCUCUUCAGGGCACUGGAUAGGUGGAAUAGAUAUUGUCCUGCCAAGGAUACUCUGGUCCUCCAUGUCGCGUGUCAGUUCAACCUGAUUGAUAUCGUUGAGGAGCUGCGAAAACGAGGAACGAGUCUGGAGCAAAACGACGGCGAUGGGUGUCGGGCGCUCCACCUUGCAGCUGGGAACGGCCAUAUAACGGUGGUAGGGGCUUUGCUAAAAGCAGGGGCUGAAAUCGAACCCAAAGAUCAUGAUGGUCGAACACCCUUGGUGUAUGCGGCUGGAUCUGGUCAUGAGGAUAUUGUCCGAUUGUUGGUCAGCAGUGGCGGCCAGAUUAACCAGAUGACGGAACAAUCUGGAAACGCACUACAACAAGCGGCAAUGACUGGUAGAGUUUCUUUAGUCCAAUUCUUGAUCACGGCUGGAGCGGAGGUGAACGCUCAAGGUGGCUACUAUGGUAACGCACUACAGGCGGCAUCAUCGGAGGGUCACGAGCGAGUGGUGCGUCUACUAAUUGAGAAUGGAGCGGAGGUAAACGCUCAAGGUGGCCCCUAUGGUAACGCACUACAGGCGGCAUCAUUAAGAGGUCACGAGCAAGUGGUGCGUCUACUAAUUGAGAAUGGAGCGGAGGUAAACGCUCAAGGUGGCCACUAUGGUAACGCACUACAGGCGGCAUCAUGGGGAGGUGACGAGCAAGUAGUGCGUCUACUAAUUAAGAAAGGCGCGGAGGUAAACGCUCAAGGUGGCUACUAUAGUAACGCACUACAGACGGCAUCACGAGGAGGUAUGGAGCAAGUAGUACGUCUACUGAUUAAGGAAGGGGCGGAGGUAAAUGCUCAAGGUGGCGAAUAUAGUAACGCACUACAGGCGGCAUCAUUAGAUGGUGACGAGCAAGUAGUACGUCUACUGAUUGAGAAAGGAGCGGAGGUAAACGCUCAAGGUGGCGAAUAUGGUAACGCACUACAGGCGGCAUCAUAUAGAGGUUACGAGCAAGUAGUGCGUCUACUGAUUGAGAAAGGCGCGGAGGUGAACGCUCAAGGUGGCGAAUAUGGUAACGCACUACAGGCGGCAUCAAGGAAAGGUCGCGAGCAAAUAGUACGUCUACUAGUUGAGAAAGGAGCGCGGAGGUAA